AUGUACAAAUGCGUCAAUGUAGAUAGCCUGGACGAUGAAUUUCUAACCAAUAAAGAUUCAUUCAACAACUUAAACGUAAAGGAAAGAAGCAGUGGAAGGAUAGCUAAAAGCUAUUACGGCAAAAAUGAUGCAGAACACAUGAUGCAGAAUGCGGAAAAAAAUUACCUAAACCGUUUUGAUGCAGCAAAUGGGAAUCUCAACAAGAAUUAUCUCUACUUUUGUGAUAAUGUAAUGGAUGAAAAUAGCAGCAAAAAUAGCGACCUGAAUAGCAAAGCGUUAGAGGAACAUUUGAGCAACUACAGCUACCAUGUUGAUCCAGAGUACAUACGUAGUAAUAGUUAUGGAGGCUCACAAGUAAGGGUUGGCGGAAGCCAUCUAAUUAGUCUUAGUGAACAAAAAAACAUGAUUUUGUCCAAGGAGCGCAUUAACAACAGUUACUUCAGCAAAAAUUAUGACAACACAAGUGACGCCCACAGAAAUGAUUGCAACAAAAAUAGGGACCAAAUCGUCAACAUGAUAAGUAAUCAUUAUAAUAAUUUAAUCAGAACGACCAAUAAGGGCAUAGAAAAUAUAUACAACAAUUGCGAUGCUAUCAUUUCCAAACAAAACUACGAUAGCUCGUCCGAUGUUAGCAGUACUAUUUUGAUAAACAAAGACGACAUUACACAGAACAAUAACCAUUACGCGGAUUAUAACUGCAAUAGUUAUUUUAAUUAUCGCAACGAUCACACCUCUACACACCACUACAACGGCAGUGCCAAUAAUGGCGGCCAAAAUAAUGGCAGUAGGACUGGUCACUACAACGGUAGCAACAGUGGUUACAACAACGGAAGCAGCACAAGGAAUAAUAAACGACACACCAACGGCUGUAAUAAUGGCAGCCUCCUAAGCAGGAAUGGUAACUAUGACGGAGGAAAAAGGGAGUGCUUCCCUUAUGCACAUGAAAGCUCGCUGAACGAAAAUUUAAUACACGACACCUGUGACUACGCCAAAGUGGGGAAAGUCGAACUGGCAAUGCGAGACAACGAGCUGAAUUCGUUAUCUGUAUGCAAUGACGAAGACGCACAGAAUAGAAUUGUUCAAGAUAUGGAUGAACAAAUAAAGCAGGGCGACAUGUACUUCUCAAAUAGACUCCAGAGCAUUGAAAGGGAAAACACAAACAACCGAAUUAAGAUCUACGACAUAUUUAACAAUCUUAAUAUUAAAAAGAGUAAUAAUACAAAUAUGGGCAUUUUAAAUUUUUUGAAAAAUAAGAGGAAUAACAAAUACGCCUAUGAUAGCAAGGGUAUUCGAAAUGACGCUGCAGAAAAUGAGACCCUCAGCAGAGAGAAUCAGAGCAGUGGCGUGUGCAAUAAAGCAGGGAGAAUCUCUGGUGAGGGAAUCCCUGGGGAUGGCCACGCGGCGAAUGGCCAUAAUGCAGGGGGCGCCAGCCCAAGUGGUCAUAGCAACACUGAGGGAAGCUACAACAGUAACAGAUUCAACACUAUAAUGAGAAACGUUGAAAGUAACGACCCGCAUAAUAACCCCCCCGUGUUAAAAGGAUUCGCAUACAACGACGAAGAAGCAAAAAACAAACUAGCGACAUCCCAUCACAUUUUAAUCGAUAAGAAGUAUAUAGAGGAAAACGAGGAGAAACCAUCCAAGGCCCAAUUAGCAAAUAAGUCUAAUAUUAGCUCAUUUGAAACUUUCAAACUUUUAGAGAAGGAUGACAAUGGUGAUGUUACUAAUUUGUACAGAAUUGCACCGAAUGAAUUUUUAAAUAAAAGGAACAGCUGUUCAGAUGAAUGUAGUAAUAAAACCGAUUCCGCAAAAAAUAAGCAGAACAAUCCCUUCAUUGUGUAUCAUUAUGUGAAAAAGGAACGAACAGAUAAUGCAGCUUUGCUUCCCAACGGCAAGGGAAAGGGUGGCAGAAAUAAAAGCGGUAGCACUGGUAGUAAGGGUAACGAAAAAUGCAACGUAAACAGUGAAAGUAGCAAGAGAAACCCAAGUGGUAACAAUUUCGAAGAAAAUAACAACCCGAUUCAUAGCCAUUGCGUUGAUAACUAUGACUGUGGUAAGGAACUUCCCUCCCGGGGUAACAAGACCAACAGGAAAGGCCCAAUCCCAAGGAACCCGGCAACAAAUAGCAGUGAUAACUAUAAUAUAGGGAAAAAAGGCCUACAUAUAUUUAAAACAGGAUCGGAAGUACACAACGGCAGUUUUAACCAUUAUUCGAAGAAAGGCACUAAAAAAGACUCAUUUGACGGAGAACACAGAAUGGAUGUUAAGAGGAGAAAGCCAGACAAGGAUCAUCACCACUUCAAAGAAGGAUUUGAAACUGAUGGAGAAUUUCCUUUUAACGCGAAAUGCAAUGGAAACGAUACUUAUUACCUACACGAGGAAAACAGAAAAAAUGAAAAAGUAAAAACCAACGAAGAGUUAUCAAGUAAAUAUAUUUCUUCAUAUUCCGAGUCGUCCCUGCCCAGCUCCAUGCAAUCCUUUGCGGAGCCCAAAGAUAGGGUAUCCCAAAACAGCCGAAACUCCAGCAUGGAACUUACAAAAGAAAUAAAAAACAAGUGCGAAAAAAAAUGUAAUGUAAAAAGAAAAAUGGACAUGAAAGGGAAACAAAAAAAUGAGCAGUUCCAUCCAAGUAAAACCAACUCGUUAAUUGAUGACAUAAGUUGCAUUUAUGAGGACGCGAAGCAGUACAAUUUUAUCGAUGGAAUUGCCGGAAAUCGUAUGAAACGAAACGAUAACUGUCGACACAAUGUCAACGAGUCCGCUAACUGUGACAAUGCUAAUAAAUAUAAUAAAGGGAUUGACAUCGAUGUGAGAAUCCCCGGAGACCCACACAAUUAUGACGAAACAGAAGCGCCUCUGGAACAAAAUAACUGCAAACACGAAUGCAGAGACGUACCCACGGUGUAUGUCAAGAAAAAGAAAAAAAGAAAAAAAAAGAAACAUAAUGAGAAUGAUCGGCACACCGAAAGUGGUAGUGACAGGGAUGGAGCAAACAGCUGUGAUGAAGGUGGAGGUAACAAUGACUGUAAAAAGAGCCUCAAAGGUGAAGACAGUUCUGUGAGAAGCACGCACAGACGAAGCAACUCACCUAAUGUUAACCAAUCGGAUCCUAGGAACGCUGUUGAGAGGGGUAGUAAAAAAUAUUCAGGCGAACAUAAUAACGCGUUAAAAGAAGUAAUUACCCACAAGGGGGACAAUCAUGAUCGUGACAGUGAAAAGGGGAAUGGGCGUGACGACGCAUAUGAUCAUCUCGUCGCCAGCAAAGUCGCUCAUUCUAUGAACCCGUUUAGGCACAACAUGACUACCAACCCUAAAGAGGACGACAGUGGUGCUAACGAAGGCGUCCGAGGUAGUGACGAAGGGGACGAUUAUAAUAGUCGUGACCUUUUUGAUAGGCACGCCAAAUGCAAUGUCAGGAGGAGAUAUAAAAAAGGAAACGUGAACACUUUGGAGGAAUCGCAAAUUGCGCAGGAAUGUAACGAAAACUGUGUUACAAAGAAAAAAGAAAAAAAAAAGAAGAAAGAGGAGCCGUCAAAGACCAAAAAAACAAUGGCACAAGAUGGAAAUAUUGCACAAGAUGAAGAUAUUGCGCAUGGUGAUGACACGAACGUGCUCGUCAAAUGCAAAAUGAAGAAGAAAUCGAGUUACAUUAUUUCGAAUUAUGAGCUGCGUGCCUGUUCUAUGAGGGAAAAUGUACCAGGCAGCAAGACACAUUUUGUUGCCGCUUGCAAAAAGAUGCAUCAAACCAAAGAGAACACUAGUAAGAAAUCUGCCCUAAAAAACGGCGCCAACCAAAGUAGCAGUAGCUUCAACUCGUCCAGCAAUGAAAACUUCGAGCAAGACGAAGUCGAAUGUGAUAAUAAAGCUGUUCGCAGGAAGUCUGCUUGCUUGAAAGAGAACAAUAGAAAGAGGACGCAUAGCAAACCCCUGCACAGUAACGCUUCUAGCAUUAGGAAUAGCAGGGGGACGAACAAAGGCAAUAGUUAUAAUAGCCAAAGCCGAAGUAGCAACUCGAACAGUGCCAUGAGUGAUAUAGGCAGCAAUAGUGAAGACUUCCCUGAUGGCGAAAACCAAAACGUAAAAGCGAAAACAGGAAAGAACAGAAAUAGUCAUUUUCCUAAUAGCGGAAAAAUCGAAUUAACAUUUUGUAGUGGCCAAGAAGAGAGCCAAAGGUAUAGACGCGAAAGGGAAACCUUUGGUAACGGAACGGAGAACCGCGACUCCGACGCAGACUCCCACGUUGGGAAACAAAAUCGCCCAGUAAAUGGAGUCGAAAACGAUAGUCACUUCCCAAACAGUGUAGCGAAAAAAAAAAGGCAGAGCAAUUUGGCCAAAAGUAAAAACGGAAAACAACAGGAUGUCUCAACAGAAGAGGAAAACACCGAUUUUGACAAUUUAAAGGAAAAGAGAAAAAGGACGAAGAAGUAUCCCUCCACGGCUUGUAGUAGCACCCCCACGGAUGGAAGUAGCAAAUUAGUUUAUAACCCAAAUGGCAAUCAAAGUGCACAGCAUGACAGACGCAGCCAAGUAAAAAAGGGAAGCACCCCUCAUGGGGAUGAACAAAUUUGCGCAAAUGUGCAUCACGAAAGUGAGAACUUCUCUUCCAGCGACGCAAAAGAUGUCUCAAUGAGGGGGAAAAACGUGUGCACGAGAGACACCAAUAUACACCGUGCCCACCUCAAUGACCCACGCAUGAGCUAUGCAGACAUUUCCAUGACAAACUAUAGAACGCCCUCGUCGAAAAAUAGCAUGGAUAGCAUUGACAACCUUGCUAGUGGAGGCUCCUUAAACAAAAGAAAGGAUAGACAAUUAAUGACCCAAAGUGAAGAAAACUUUGGUGGUGCCCCCAAAGAAAUGUACCCCAGCGUGCAAUGUGCACCCAUGGGGGGUGGAAACAUAAACCAUAUGAACGCACAUUUGAAGAACAUCGCUUCGGAAAAUAACACAAAAGGUAUCGCUGCAAGUAUGAUAAACGCAAGUGAAUUUGCACAUCAGAGGGUUUAUUGCCAAAAUGGGGACUACAAAAAUUUAAUCAUGACGGGGGAUGUGACUAGUUGUGAGGAGAAAGUACUCCCAAUGGAGGAACAGCGAAUGGGAAGACAUCCAGCGAGAGACAGCAUCAAACAGCAGACCUCUCUCUUUUACGAAAAGGAUGGGAAGCUGGACGACAUCGUUAGACAUAGCAAUAAAAGCGAACUGUUGUGUAACCCAAAACGCAUGCUAAAUAGGACCUUGUUGAAUGGGGAUCCACCUAGUGGACACACCCCCCACAAGGAGCACAGAAGGAAAGAAACACCCAGUCAGGAUAACCCAUUUAAGCCGACACAGUAUUUAGACCAUAGGAGAAAAACAGAAAAUUAUCAUAACAGAAGUUGCAACAUUUCAAAAGAGGACAUCAUGUAUAACAACAUCUAUGAGAAAGAGGCCGGAAUUUUUUUAAAAAACAUUGUACCCAGUCAGUGGAGUGGAGGAGCUGAUACUUUCUUAACUGCACAUAGAAGCAAAAAGAACGGUGAAGGAGUAAAUGUAAGCUUACACACGAAUACAAGUAUGAAUAUAAAUUACAAACAUGAAGAUCCGCAUACGUACCAAAGUAAAAAUGCCUACAUGCUUGAGGAACAGAUCUUCCCAAGGAAAUUCAUUCAAGGGAAAAACUAUAACAACGCACUUUCUAACAGUCGCUUUAGUAACGAGGACAAGAAUGACGAAAUAUUGCAUGAAGAGGGAAAGAGACAUUUGUUCUCCUCCAGAGAUCAAGAAGUGGACAACAUAUACAGAAGGGAUAGCGUUUCCAAUGUGCAAGUGGUGGAUAGGGGAGCACCUGCACAUCUGAAAAAAUCGGUGCAAAGUACUUAUCAUGUGUAUGUAAAUAACGCAACACAGGAACAACCCCAACGAAUGGGACCCCCGUGUGGUUUCAUUUACUACCCAGCGGAGACCCACACUAAUGCAAAUGGUUAUACCCCUCAUCCAAAUUUCUUCCAAAAAGAAGCCAAAGCAGCGCAGAGGAGCAUCGAGAAAAAUCCCUUCUCCCUAGAUUCACACAUAAAAAGUGCAAACAUGGAUGGGAGAAUCAUUUUUUACAAAAUGGAGGAGCAAGAUACCAUGAGUGUCACGUCCUCUACGGAUAGAGAAAGCCAAAAGAAAGAAUACGACGCAAGUAGGAUUAAGGUGUUCGAUAAAACUCGACGGAGCAAUGUUAACAGGGAUCAGUCGGAUUGGUUUCCCUGUAAAACCGAUUUCGAACAAAAUGCAAGUGAGCGCAAACGAACGAACAACAUGGAGGGGGGAAUAUGCGCAAAAGGGUCUCAUCGCCGUGGGGAUCCUAAUGAUGAACAUAGCCAAAGGUACAUGCACAUGGGAGGGGCUGCCCCCUUCUCAGGCAUCUCCCCAAGCAACUGUGAGCGAUACAGAAACGGCGUAAACGACAUGGACGAACAAAAUGGGGAUGGUUCAUUCUCACGUCAUGGGAAAGACACAACCAUUCACAGUAUUAGAAAAAAUAACAACGGCGAUAAGAGCGGUGACAACAACGGCAAUGAUCGCGGCGGUAACAACAGUAGACAUUUUGAUAAGGGGAUUAACCUCCACGUGCGCAAUGCACCCAAUGAGGCAGAUACAAAAGGUGUGCAUAUGAACAGCCAAGUUGUGUACUCCGAAUUGGAAAGCGCAGCCGUCCCAAAUGAACUGCUAGGAAAAAAUAACGAAAAUUGCAACAAACCUUACAGUUCCACGAAUAGAAUACCGAGACAUCGCUUUACCAACAAUUUCUCUAUCGAUUUUGCGAACAUUCUGAAAAACUACAAAGAUAAAUCGAAUAAUUAUCUAAAUAAGCAAUACAUACAGGACUUGGAGAGAAUUCAUUUUUUAAUUCAAGAUUUUACAAACAGCUACCGCUGUAGCGAUAAUUUAAAAUCGAUUUUUCAACUCCUUCAGUACGAAAUUGAAAAGGAGAAAAGGGAGAAUCAAUAUUUUUGUCAAGAUCAGAAAUAUUUAGUUCUUACCAUGCCUCUAAAUGAUAUGAAAAAAAAUUCUGACAAUUUUGGUGAGCCCAGUCUGAAAGAACCCAUCUUCGAAUAUAAGCUGGAUGCGUGCCUUUUGGAAAAUUUAGAAAAUCAGUCGAAGGGUGAGUCCUGUAGUUGGGGAAGGAACCACUUAAGGGAGGAUCUAACAAAAGGAAACAAUUUAAUCAAGAAUUGUAGCAUGGGGGAUGACCUCAACUAUGACGACAGCGAUUAUGAUGCUAAUGACAAGUGUGUGGAGAAGUGCACUACAGGAAAUUGCAGAGGAUUAUGCAUGAGGUCGCCAAGCUGCGUUGCUUCCCCGAAUAGCACCACAGACGCCGAAGCGAUUGCCACGUCAGUGGUGGUACACGCGUACCGCCACAACGGUGGCGAAAGCAGCAAUGGCAACGACAGCGACAGGCAGGUCAGGGCCAACCGUUGCAUCAAUAACUUGCCCAAGAUGGACAAGUUGGGCAAACACUGUAUUAGCAAAAAAAGGUGCAGCGGAAGCUUGAACGAAAGUAUCUUGUCCAAAAUGAACAUAUUCAUAAUAAGGCACAAUAACCGCGUGUACAAAUUUAAGCUAAAUAGCAAUUUCCCCCUAAGAGGCAACCAAUUGAAUAACAAAAAAAAUGGCAGACUCUUUAAAUUACUUACUUCAUUUUAUAAACCAUUUUUCAAGCAAGCAUGCAACAAAAGAAAUGUUCUGCUUAAUGAAGACCUGCCCCUAAGUUAUGUCCACAAUUUGGAUCCCAGCAAGGAUAGCCUUUCAAAUGAUCAAACAGAUAAUGGGACUGCUAAAUCUUCACAUAUCAAUAAUGAAGACAACUUUUAUAAUAUUAUUCAAAGCAGUGGACUCACAAAUAUAGACGACCUAUUCAUUUCGGACGACGAGGUGAAUCUUAUUUAUAUGUAUAACAAUCAUCGCAACGAGAAGGUUUAUAGUUUAGAAAAAUUGGACGCAUUGAAAAGUCAAAACUCUACAUUGUCCACUCUCGAUGAUUGUGCUAACACGGGGCAGGAGAAUUACUCCUGUAAAAAAUUAACAGAAUAG